AAGAAAAAUCUCUGUGGUCGCAGGAAAUAAAAGUGAUACCGAGUUUUUCUACCAAAAUCAGUGCAAAACAUGUAAAUUACUGUUCGGAAACGCUCUCAAACGGUAGCGCACAUAGUUGCCUCGAUCCGGUCGGUGAAAUUCGCUGCUUCCAAGAUGUUGCAGUUCCUGAAAAAGACUGGCUCCUCUCGGAAGAAGUCCAACGAAAACGCCAAGGCCGCAGGGCAAAAAGAAAGCGGUAAAUCGCAGAAUACCGAUGUCACCGAUGGAUUCGUCGAACCGGCUAACGAUGAGGAAGCACUCAUCGAGGCCGAACAGUAUUGGUUGGAACGUUGGCAGAACGCUCCCGAGAUUAGGUCCAGAUUGUCCCGCAGUUUGCUAGACAUACUUUCGGAGCAGAGCUGCUUGAGCUUCUUUGUGCAGUUUUUGGAAACAAAAGAUUCCCUUCAGCUGGUGAAAUUUUGGUUAGAAGUAGAAAGUUUUAAGGCCGCAGCCAGCGAAAGCAGCAAGUUGGACAUUCGCAACGGCCUCACCAAGCUACCUAAUCACCGAGGCCUUAGCCGAAGUAUUUCAUCCGAUGGGUAUGAUACUUUGUCAUACUUUAGUUUAGAUUGUGACUCGAUAUCUACAUUCUCUGAAACUACUUUUGAAGAGUCUGGUACAGUCACGCACACUACAAAUUCAGACGACGGUGAGGGGGGUUGUCGUACUUCGGGUAGUUGCACACCUAUUCCAACGCCCUUAGAAGUUGUCAUAGAGGAAGAAAAAAAGACAGGUACAAAUGAAGAUUCAAAUCCGACAAUGAAGCACUGCGACCUCACGAUGCGCCAAUCACUCACCGAUGACGAAAAAACGCAGAUCUGUGAGUCCAAUAAACUGAAAAUGGUAGAGGGUACUGAAUCGCACAUUCCUGUUAGCACCGGUAAAGAAAGUAAUUUUAACUCGUUGCUUAAUUCGGAUGCAGUCCGAAUUUACCGAAAAUAUCUGAUGAGCAGCUCCGCUCACUAUAUCGAAGUGCCGGCCACGAUUCUAUCAAAUGUUUCUCUAGCCCUGUGUGGUGGAACCUGUAGCGAACAGAUAUUUGACGAUGCCCAACAUUUUCUCCUAGAGGUGCUUGAAAAAGACUACUUGGCUGCCUUCCUGGAAAGUAAUUUCUACUGUAAAUAUACAUUUGAGGUACUUUCAAGUGAUAACCUCUCAUUAAAGGAUAUCCUGUGCAGUGAAAUGGCUUUGUUUUACUUUAUGGAAUACCUCGAGCAGAAAAACAAACGACACUAUCUUGAAUUUUACAUUUCAGCAGGUCAUUUUUGCAAGGGCUCCGACCAAGAUCAUCAAGCCCAAGCCGAUGCGGUGGUAUUAUAUCAGAAGUAUUUUUCCCUCCAGGCUACCUGCUCUUUGAAUCUCAGCGACAAAACUCGAUUCAUAAUCGAGGAACUGAUCUGUUCACAGGAAGCUGUCACCAUUAAGACCAGCUUCCGUUUACCUUCCAGGAUAAUCGAACGUUUUCUGGAUAAACGAUACUUUAAGGAUUUUCUGAAAUCCGAGCUUUACUCAAAGUAUUUGUCCGAAUUGAUGGGUACAAUUAAAACUACCCCGAUGGGAGAAUCACCUGGCAGCACCCUGGGAAUUGUAACCGGGCGUAAGCAGUCCUUCACAUUGGAGAGAGAUAACUCAUCAUCUAAGCAAAAACGUGGCCAUCGAAAGACGUUCUCCGACGUGACGAGCGAGAGCACCAACCGCUUGAAACAGACUACUUUUGUGUCGUCCCAAAACACACUGCUGGCAAUGUCUGACGCUACCUUGCACCGGAAACGAAUAAAUACGGUACCAACUGGUACUCAGCCUGGCAAUCCGGGCAGUAAAGAUAUGAUGCAUAUCGAUUCCAAACAGCUUUAUAACCCGGACUUGUUGUGGCGGAGAAAUUCGGCUUCUGUUGGCCUAACCUUUGGAAGGGUGAAUGCAUUAGGGCGGUACGAGCGAGAUUUUGAUAUGGCUGAAGCUCCCCAGGAUGAGGAUCGAUGGAGUCGUACUCGAUUGAAGAAAGCAAUGCGACGAUUGGUUAAUCUACCGGAGGAUAAAGCACAGGAAGAGUUGGCCUGGCAGGUCGCAGAGAUGAUUGUCAAAGACAUCACUAGUGUGACCAUGAACGAUGGAGAACAGCCCGAAGCAACAGAAGAACCUGAGCAACUGACGUGACUUGAGGCAUCCUUCCCGAACGGAAUGGCUGGCAGGCUGGAACAUUCAACAAAUGAAAAGUACGUAUUAUUACGAUUAUUGUUAACUCUCCAUAGAUGCAUCGUCUUCGCUGACGAUUGUGAACUAUCGUUUGUUUUAUCCGACCAUGAUUAUUUUCACCGGAACUGUUUCAUUAUUGUUCAGAUUUUAUAAAAGCGUUUUUUCGUUAUCCCGUUUUAAGAAAAAUAUUACGGAUCAGCAAUAUUCAAACUUCCUUAAAUAACCUAUUUAUUUAACCCAUUUUAUACACGUUUCGUUUCUCUCUUAUCGAAACUAGAAAUUAAUCCGAAACAGUAUGGUGCUUGAAAUACUAUUAACGUAAAUAGAUUAGUCGAUCCACCUAGCAAUAUCCCUUGCAGAUUCAACGAAAACUUGUAUUCAACUUUGAAAAAAUCGUAGAGUUCAUUCAUAUGUUCCACAAAUUGUGUUUCUUGGUACAAAAUUCUUAGACGAAAUGGUAGAAAAACUUAUUAACGUCAAAUUAAACUGGUUUAAUUUAGUUUAGAAUACAUUCAACAAAUCUGUAUUCCGUUCAAAUCAGCUUUUCUCUUUACAAAUUAGAACAACCAACAAACAAAAAAGUGCAAAUUUAUGUUCACAUUCGGAGUAGGUUCAGUCAAAUUGUAAAAUUGUCAAUGAUUAUGAUUAGAUCAAUUAUUUUAGACUGAGACACAAGACGUUCAGAAACUGUAUAGGACUCGAAUGGUGGCAAAUAUUUUAAAAGCGCGCGGUAAUUCAAAAUUAACGUAAGUCCGACGUUACUAAUUUGUUUCUUCGGAACUUCUAGAGAACACACACACACCGCAGAUAAUGGAUAGGAUCUACAGAAAUAUAACUCAAUUACU